AUGCUACCUUUCACAACAAAGAAGCGAGUCACUCACCCCUUCGACGACGAAGCCCGAGCCAGACUCGUCGGCGCCGAUCACCGGAGUCCCAGCUCCGGCGACAGUGACGCCGACAACAACCUCUCCCUCUCUUACCUCGUCCACAGCUUCCUCGAACAACACAGCAACAGUGGCGAGGAAGAGGACUCACCAAUUCACGACUCGGACUGGGACCGAGUUGACUCGCUCGACGACUCGCCCGACUCGGUGAGUGACUCGCCGUCGCCGAGUCUCGCAAUCUCGCGCAAUGCGAUUGCGGAUCCUUACAUGAACACGCUCAUCGCGCACGUGUCGGAGGCCUUGGAGAGGUUCGCGUUUCUGCGGGAGCGGAACGCCGCGCUCCUCCGGCAGAGCGUGGCGGCGUUUCUCCGGGAGCGGAGGCACGACGCGGCGGUGUGCGACGCCUCCGGCGGGAGCCACGAGUUCAUCGACGUGGUCCACUCCGGGGAGGCCACGCGGCGGUACUUCGUGGACCUCGACUUCCGCGCGCAGGUCGAGAUUGCGCGGCCCACGCGGCGGUUCGCGGAGGCGCUGGCCGCCGUUCCCGCCGUGUUCGUCGGACGCGCGGAGGAGCUGAAACGCAGCGUUUCGAUCGUGUGCGACGCGGCCAGGCGGUGCUUCAAGAGUAGGGGGCUGCCGGUUCCGCCUUGGAGGAAAAACCGGUUCAUGCAGAGGAAGUGGUUCGGCCCGUCUCGCCCAACCGCGAACCCGGUUCAGGUUCCCAGGGCCUUGAACAACGGCGUUUGUUGCAGGUUCGUGGGGUUCGACGACGUCGUUUUGGAAGGUGGUGUUGUAGUUCGUACGAAAUGA